ACUUAACAUAUUAAUUUACAUAGGUUACGUCAACCAUGAGUUCUGUAUUUAUAUCAGUUGCACAAGUAACUGGCGUCGGCAAUAGAAAAUAGUGUUGAUUAUUGCUUCUGACAUAGUGCAUGAAGAAAAGCACUAUUAAAAUUAUAUAAUUGUUAGUGACAAGUAACUUAUGUACAUAAUUUUAAUUAAAAAACGUAAAAUAUAAACAAGAAACUAUGUGUAAAACUAAGCUUAUUAAAGCAGUUGUAGAAAAUUUAAUUUCCAAGACUAAUUUUGGACAAUGUAUGAAAAAAAUUAAAAUAAUUUCAGCAGGAAGCGGAAACUGUAAAGCAGAAUUGGUUAUCUCUGAUGAACACUUGAAUGUAGGUGGUACUUUGCAUGGUGGUUUUACAAGUACUCUCAUUGAUUGCAUUUCCACAUAUGCUGUGAUGACCCAAGGAACUGGUGUACCUGGGGUUUCGGUAGAUCUACACGUCACGUUUAUGAAAGCAGCCUUUCCUGGUGAACUAAUAACAAUUGAUGCUAAAACUGUACGUGCUGGUAAGUCAUUAGCUUUCCUUGCGGUAGAUGUAACAAAAAAUAAUGGGAUAGAUAUGGUUGCCCAUGGGAGACACACAAAAUUUUUGUUACAAGGAAAGCAAUAGCAAAUUUUAGACAAUGAAGGAAUUUAAUAUCUGGAGAUAAUCUAACAUCCUUAAGUGGGUGUGUAAUAUUUAUGUUGUUAUUAAGAUGAAUAUAAUUUUUUGUUAAACAUA